CUCUCUUUUUCUCACACCCUUCGUUCUCAGACAAACAUUUCUAAGAGUGAACAUAAUGUUUGUGGUUUAAACGGGACAGUCUGCCUCUUAUGACAGCAUCAUCCGAUAACAGCAACAGUUCACCCAACGAACGUGGAAUAUACAGAACAACAAUCUACAAUAACAGUAGCAGUUGGAGGCUCUGAGCUGAGGCAGUGAGCGGAGGCAGCAGCAAGGAAAAGGAGACAAGACAAGAAGAGUGGAGGAAGAAGAGAGCAACAGCAAAGCCAGGCAGACGAAGAGACCCUGCUCAGAUUGGCAUACGAGCAUUCAAGGGCUGGGAAAGUCCAAACAGUCAUGCGUCCCAGGUCCAGAUUACAGGCUAAACGCGGCCUUCCCACCAUCAGGGAGGGCUAUGAGGAGCUGGUGCAGGACCUGAACCAGACCAACAGCCAGCACACCACCACACAGGACUACUUCCUUUCUAUCUGCCAUCUGGCCCGGCCCACCUUUCCUCUGCAUGAGCCCGACUGUGACAUCCUCUCCAUCGGCCCUUUGGAUUCUCCAAAGCCCUGCCUACGACUGCAACGCCUGCGUCAGCAUCUGCAGCCUCCGCAGCCCCACACCUCCACAAGCAGUGAUGAGACAGAUGAACAAGCCCAUAAAGAGAAAGAUACCACCAGAUCUGCUCCGUCAGAACCACUGCAGGCCCAGGCUGCCCCAGAGGAGGACAACGGAUGCAGAGGUGACAUCCCAGGCCCGGCAGAUCCACUGGAGUAUCUCUAUAGCCACAGAGGUGCACUAGCGCUCUCCAGCAGACGGGGCAGCAUUCCCCCGCGCCGGCCACGCAGUGACACCUUCCCAUGCUGUUCCUCGGCGCCUGAUGUCCAGCGGAAAAGCAGCUGCCCAGAGCUUUGUCUGCCUGAAACGGUCCCUGCGGUGAUGGUCCUGCAGCGGUCACCACUCAGCAGGAAGAAGCUGGAUGAAGGCAGCCUGGCUGCACGCAGUGGCAUUCCCAACAAGCUUGACGGCACCCCUGCUGGUUGGAGGGGAAAGAGCAGUCGUUGCAUGGACAAACAGACUAUAGUGUCCCACUGGAUCUCAGAGUGCCGCAGCGCAUGGAAGGAAGCCCGCAUUCGCGCAUGCAUGCUGCCCGCCAUUGCUGAGAAGUAAUCUACGGCUGCAAAAAUCUCUUUCCAGUGAGGGUGAAUAUCACGUAGAGUAACAUGGAUUAUUGUGAAAUUAUGACUUUGCACUUCAGGUUUAUAUGCAUAUACAUUUUUGAUGUAUUUUUAAACUUGUGACCCUAUCGAUGGUGCCGUGUCGAUACCACACCAUAGUGUAGAGUUACAAUGAAUGUCAAUGAUGAAUGAGUCAGUCUAGUAAUGUCCAGUCGUGAUCAAUAAAUGCAUUGAUUGUUGGAUGCCUUUAACAUUGUUUGGUGAGGUUUAAAAAUAAAAAGCAACAUUUAAAUUGCAGUUUAAUAUACAAAAAUCAGUGUAGUUUAAAGGAUACAGCAAUGCAUAAUAUUCAUAAAUAAGAAUCUCACUGCAUGUGUCCACAGCUAUAUUUGGCUGGGAAGACCCAGGUUUUAUCAAAUUUGCAUAUUAGGCAGCCAGUGAUGCAGAAUGAAUAUGCCAUGCUUCCUUGAAAUAUUGUCAAACAUCUUAUGACAUUUCCAAGAUUUUUGGGAAACGGGUUCAGCAAACAAUCUGACUAGGAUUAGGAUGCAUUUCCACCACAAAUAUGUUCAGAGAUAUUAUGUCCAACUGUUAUUUCUAUAUAAUGUCUCAAACAAUUGCUUCUUUGUUCACAUUAAUAGAUUGGUAUUUUGCAACAGAAUGACUAAGGAAACAAGCUUUUAUAAUUCACUACCGCCUUCUGACAACAAAGACAAAAUUAGUCAUCGUGUUUGUUUUCUGGCCCUUGUUUUGCAAUUUAAAAAAUAGAGUGAACUGGAUAGUCCUGUUGGAGGAUAAAUGAUUGAAUGUCCUGGUUAGGAAUCACUGUUGUUCAACAAACGACCAUACAAUAAAAAUAAAAAAAAAUCUGACCUACAUCAUCUUGAUAUUCAGAACUAUGGCAAAAGGCCAAAGUACACCUGCACUGUUAUCAUGUAAGACUGUUUGUACACACGCAGAAAAAUCCUGUUUUCUCUGCUUUGAUUUGGUGUUUUAGUAUUUUAAGAUCAUCUUACUGUUAAAAGAUUAAUUAGUAUGGCUGCAUGUGAAUUUGUAAAUUUUGUAUUAUGCAUAUGAAAUUUCUUUAAAUUAUUAUAACGUAUGUAAUGAUUUCAGAGAAAAUGUAUAUUACACUAUAUGAGAAAACUGAAAUCUGUUUGAAAAUUUUCAGCAACCUUACCCGUACAACUUUUAAAUUAAUAAAAUGUCUGUGUUUUAUGUAUGAA